UGGUAAAAUCAUAAAACCUAAAUGUUUAUGGAAUGAUAGUUCUGGGUGAUAGUUUUUUGCGAUAAGUGGGACGCUAUUCGAUAUGCACCGGCUGCAAUUGCGGCCUUCACCGAUUACAUUCCAAUUCAUAAACAUUGCUUCCAAAACUUGUUCAAAACUGCCUUGACGCCGCGGGAAAUGGAACCAUGAGUGGACUUUUGAAUGAAGUUCAGCGCAUCCUUGGUGAUGUACGCUCGGAGAAACCAGCCACACGGAAUAAGGGCAUUGAGCAGCUGGACGAAAAGUUGGCCCACUGCAGAGAUGACUUAAAUACGCUGAUCCUGGACAAAAGAAACGAUUUGUCGUGGCCCAGUGUUUUUGAUGCAUCCAAAGAGGCUCUUUUCAAGCACGCCUCAAACUUGCAAGAUGCCAACGAGAAAUCCUUCAAGACAUUGGCGGCAAAAAACUACUUGUAUGGCAACGUUCUGGAAAAGAUAACCAAGUUCAAUGUGGAAGCUGGCAGCGACACAACAGGAAAGGGUCACUUUCUGGCAAAGAUAAGCAUAUUUAAUGCAUUCGAAGAGGGCAUCAAAAUGCGCACUGUGGUGAAGCACUUUGGCGAUAGAUUCAUGAAUUUGCUGGAACGGGGCAUCUACUCCUCGCCCACCUAUGUGCGCGAGCUGAAAAUCAACGAGUACAGCCUCAUCCUCUCGUACCUGUUUGAGCUGAAUGUGGACGAAGACCAGUUUCUGCGCACUAGAAUAUUGAAAUGCAUUACCAAGACGGUCAGUUUGGCCAACGAGCGGGUUCAGCUGCACGUCGACCUGGUGGCAUAUUUGCCAGAACUGAGCAGCUUUGCCCAAACGGCAAAUGCUGCCAGAAAAACGGAUAUUGUUCGUCUCUAUUACCUAUUUGCCACAGAGCUCUCUGUGAACUACCAUCAUCAAUUGUGCCUCCAUAUGCAAGAGAUUCUGCCCAAAUUGUGCGAAUUCCACAACGAGGAUGCGUUUCGCGACGACACCAGAAAUAUAUUCUUUCAGUGUGUCAUUCAAUCGUUGCAUUCGCUUUAUCCCAAGCUCAGCGUUUGCGAUUUCAAUACCUUUGGUGUGCCGCUGAACGAGAAAUGGCCACAGACCAUGCUUAGGUUGAAGACGAUCGUGGACGUGGAGAUACGCAAGAAUUCUUUGGUGCGCUAUAAGACGGCCCAACUGAGCAAUGACAAAUUCUCAGAGCCCUUCAUCAAGAUGUCUGCACUGGUCAUGUUUAUAGUACUGUGGGACUUGGAGACACGCAAAAACGACUCAAAUGGUGAGGGUGAUGCACCCAAGAAGGUGCCCAGACCCUCGGACAAAAUGGAAGUCUUGUUCGGGCUGAUUGACAAGAAGGAAACGACAUUCAAUGACGUCUGGUUUGCCAUAUACGCAGAGCUACUACAGUUGAGCAGUGUAAUCCUAAAUGUGGCCAACUACCAGCAGGCAUUGAGCACUGUUGUGGGUGUCCUGCAAAUGUAUGGCAAUGCCAGGAACCUGAAAAAUGUGCGCCUAUGCAUGAGAUGCCUGCUCGCCAAGGAGCGGCAGCUCUUGGAGUCGAAAUCGAUUCAGGAGAACUUUCUGGCUGAUUUGUGGAGUCAAAUGGGCAACCAUUUGAUAUCCGUGACCACCACAAUCAGUGAGGAGAUCAAGGAGAAGCAACUAAUGCUGCAAAUGCUAAUCAGACAUGACAAACUGAAUCAGAAAAUGGCCUCCAGCCUGCUGCACAACAUCACCUCGAAUGAGCUGCUGAAGCGCAAUGAAUGCAUUGCCACCAUACGCGAGAUUUACAUACGGGCAGGACAAUGCGGCCAGGAUAAGGCUUCCGCCAUGCUAGAGCCCAUCAUUAGCUGGGCCUAUGGCAGCGGUGAAAGGAGCAGCGUCACCCAGGUGAUACACAAUAUAGCCAGCAUUGAUGCCAAUCUCCUGGCAGAUACGUUUACGAUCAGCAUCAUCAACUUUCUGGACGAGCAGCAACUGCAGCAGUUGUGCAACCCAGAACCAGGCCCUGGCACACUCCCUGCCGAUCUGAAUCUCUUAGCCUAUAGAUACAACAAGCAACUGGUUUGCCUGGACAAGGAAUAUCUGGCGCCUGUUAAGACUGCCAACCAGCAGCUGCACAGCGAAACCAAGUCGCCAGCCAAGAAUUGCCUUUACCAAAGCAAUUACGAGUUCCUGAUGCGUAGCCUCAAUUUUCAGAAUUCCGGCGAUAGCCAAGCGUCUGCCAUACUGAAGAAUCUGAACAGUCUGCAGAGGCUGGUCUGCACCGUGGAAAGACUGUUGUACUACAAGGUCUUUGAUGCCGAUAAUUUCACUGGCUGUCCGCUGAUCAAGCGAAUUGGCCUAUUUCUUAGCCACAUAGAGUUCCAGUACAAAGCUAACUGCUCGGAGUUGAUGGAUGAGAGUGACCUGCGUGAGAUUCUGCGGCAACAGAUCGCUGUGCUUGAGGUUUUUCGAUCUAAUUCCAUUCUUUUGAACUACCUGGAAAGGCAACCCAUAGAAAUGUUUGUGGAAUUCAUAGGAUCUACACUCAAAGGGCAUUGCAUGCGCAGGGAACGCUCUGAUAAUGCAGUUCAUGCCACAAUUACCUCUCAUUGUUUGCACCUUUUGGGCGCUCUGUGUGCACUCAGUUCGCAUCGUGAUGAAUCCUUUGAACACAUCUCAAAAAUCACUAUGCGUUGGAAGCCUCAAGAUGUGCUCCUUGUGACCAAGAUGCUGUGCAGCUGCGACAGCAUGUCGGAGGGAGCCAUCAUAUGGCUGGUGGAAAAACUGAAGUACGUUUUCCAGCAUCAUCAUCUCGAUUUGGAUGUCAUUGACGAGGUAGUGGAGCAUCUACCCACGAUUUUUCACUUUGUGCACCAUACGGAGCAGCAGCUGGAUGACAUGUGGAUGGCUUUAAGUUCGCUGCUAAAGAUUGCCCUGAAGAAAUCCUAUACCUCACGCCUGACAGCCAAAAUUGUGCGUUGCGUUGGCUCGAUUGCCCUGCAUUGUCCGGACAUCUAUCUGAUGGAGAACUUUUUGGUGCUGUGCAAAUCUACGGCCAAAUUUAUUACCAUGCCCACGCUAGAUGUGCGCUUGGCGACGAUCUCUUCCCUGGGCACUAUACUCAACACAAACUGUGUGGCCAGCGAUCCAAUCAGUCAGGCGCUGCUUCACUGGGAAUUCAGCAGGGAGCUCUAUGAGAGCAUUGAAUUCAAAAAGCUGACGUUCGACGAUGAAGAUACCACACGGAAUAGCAACUCGAUGAUGGUGCAAAUGCUUCUGGCAAUCUUUGUGCACAGCUCGUUUCAUCAGGAGAUUGCUCUCAAGCAGCUGCUUUAUCACUGUGCCCUACGCAGGCUGGGAGAGGCUGAGUUUGUGGCACUGCAGAGUCAAGUUCCUGGCGCUAAUCAAACCAUGCGAGAACGCAUUCGACCCUAUGCGGAUAUACUGCUGCACAUGUGGAGCUCUCAACACUGGCCCAUUUCCAAGUUCCCCUAUUUUCUGUGCUAUGAAUCAAAGCAGGCUUUCCGAAAAGCCCAUAGCAGCAGAAUCAUGGCCUAUACAUUCCUCUAUGGCCAGCCCGAGGACAUAGAACGCCAGAGAAAGUCCAUCAGCAUAGAGGAUGUCCUGCCCAUGGUGGCUGCAUUUUUGCUGCCACAGAGCAGCCUUUGUGCCGAAAGCGAAAGCAAGGACUUUCGGGAGCAUCACCUGCUGCUGACAAAGAACGUCCAGCACUACAAACUGCAACCCAAGGAAGUGUCUCUCAAUGUGGAGACGCUGUACAUUGUGAUUAGUUGGCUGCACGAUCCGCAGGAAAUGGAGAGAUUAUUUGGUCCCUCAGUGCCCUGCAGCCAAAUACGUUGCUGGUAUAAUCUGACGGGACAAUCGCUCUUCAAAUGCCUCAACUGGUUUAUUUGUUCAUCCACGAAGGAUGAUCGCCUCCAAGCCAUGUCCAUGCUGCAGAUCAAGCAUCCACGCAUCUUAAUUGAACUUUUUGGACGCCUAAAGACCGAUUGCUUCAAUGCCAUCUUUCCCAGCCAGGCCACUCAUUGCUUCUUUGUGUACUGUGCCAUAGCCGAUGCGCUAUACGAUGCCGCACUGGCCCUCGAGGGACCAAAAACAAUCAUUCCCUGCUCCUACUUUGUGCGCGACAUUUGGUUCUUUGUCGUUAGGCUACUGCUGCACAGCAAGUGCAGUCAGGUGCAUCUGUGUGCUCUCUCCUUUCUGCAACUACUGCUGAAGAAGCCCGGCUUUGGCUUGCCCGACUUCUCGAGUCACAUGAGUGAGAUAGCCAAGCUAUUGAUCGGAUUUCAGAUGCAAUGCAAUGUGAAAGCCGUCAACGAGAAGGUCGUAGAGGUUGUGAAUCAUAUUGUUAGCGCACACAGCACGCAGAUCAAUAUACAAUCCUUGCUGGAGGAGACCACAGAGUGUCAGUUUCUUCAGAAACCCAAUGCUGCGGUCCAACAAAUCGACAGGACUGAUGUGGCUAGCUUUUUGGGCUCAUUUCUAAAGAAUCCUACCGCAGAGCGCUUGCUCGACCUCCGGGCUUAUAUUGCCGAGCACAAGGACCAGCUGCAGUCGCAUGAAACUCUGCUCUUUGAGUUGAUCAAUCGUCUCAUUCAAAUGUCUCGCUGUGCGCAAGGCAAAGAGAGCAGCAAUCUGAAUGCCCUGAAGUGCCUGGCCCAAAUAGGACCAUUAAAGCUGAGAAACAUUUCAUACUAUUUCCAAACCGACUUCGAUUCCUUUGAAGAGUCGGAGCAAGAGCCCAUGGAUAAGUUCCUGGUCGUAAUAUGUGAAGUGCUGGAGAAGUAUCUCUUCCAGUUUGACCCCAAGACGCAUGAGGCGCUUGUGGCCGUUGCCAUUCAGGUUGUGAACAGCAAGCCCGCCGCCACGAUCUUGCAUCGCUUCAAAAACUUGCAAAUCUUUUUUGAAAAAUCAAACGCAUCGAGUUGCCUGGAUGCCUAUCAACACAUACCCUCCCUAGCCUGGCUGAAUGCUCUCAAGUCCAGCCAGGGCUUGGACUAUGAGCAAUGGAUGUGCGCCUUUGUGUCGCAGGUUUUUAGAGCUUGCGGCUGGAAGGCAUUCGAGGCUUUGGCUGCCACCUCCUUUCCGUUUGCCGAGACCUGCCUGCAGCCGUUUAUAAAACUGUUGCUGGCCACCGAACAGCAGCCGCACUUGGAGAGUCUCUGCCAAAUGUUGGAUCACUUUUUUGAGGGAUUCGCCAGCUCUAAGGCAGCGCCCAACAACCACGACAUCUUCCACAACAAGCGGGCCAUCAAGAAGUGUUUGCACAUCUGCGAGUGCAUACGGAUUGUCAACAAUUGGAGCAUUCCCAUCAAUCUGGGCAAUGUGGUCAGGGCCAGUAAUCACUGUCAGGCGUAUUUCCUGAGCAUUAUGUACCUGGAGCUGUGGGCUUGCGGCUCGGCUAAGCACAGAUGCCUGCACGAUGAGUCCUUUCAGACCUCGGCCAAAAAGGCCUACGAGUCGAUUGGUUGUCUGGAUGCCAUUCCUGGCUUUGUCAAUCCCAUGCGCUCUCGGGUCGACUUCCUCGGACGCAACAACAACUUGUCUGCCAUUCUGCUGGAAUCGGAUCAACUGGACAGCGCCAGUAGCCAGAUGGCUGUGGAUCUCAUGAAGGGCAACGGCCUGUGGUCAUUUGCCAAACUGCAGCAGCAGGAACAGGAGCCGGACUACGAAAUCUUCUGGCGACUGGGCCAGUGGGAUACGCCAACCGAUCAGCAGCCACAACCAUUGAAACCCAGCGCUGGGGCUACCAUUAAUCUGGAGCAACAGUUCAAGCGGCAUCAUUUUGUGGCGCUCAAGAGCAUUGGCCAGCGCGAGGAGGAGAACACCCUGUCGGCCAUUGAGAGUGGCUAUCAGUGUGUGCGCAGGAUACUACAGGACAACAGCAUGGAGUGCCUGCAGAGUGUGUACAAGUACCUCACAUGGCUGUGCACCCUGCAGCAGGCCGAGGACUUUUGUCAGAUCCAGUUUGGGGCACAGCUGGACCCGGGACAGAUGGCACAAGUCUUUCGCAAAUGGCAGACGGAACUGGAGCUCAAUUACGGCAACUUUUCAUGCAAGGAGUACGUAAUUGCGCAUCAGAUAGCACUCUUCAAAAUGUCCGGUACACGAGCCAGCCGUCGCAUGCAGGACUUUUACAAGGACAACCCCAUGGACACGUAUCUGCUGAAGGGGAUUAGCGAGUGCAAGGCGGCGGGCAAGCUGUACAUGGCCUCCAAAUACAUUGGCAUGCUGCGAGAGCUGCCCAAUAUCAACGCAUCCACGAAGAUCAGCGUUCUGCUGGAAGAUGCCGAUGUGAAUGUGAAAAUGGGUAAUCAUCAGAUAGCCAAGGCCAUCCUGGAGUAUGUGGUACCGAACGAGGAGUUCGUCUAUUGUCCGCUGCGUGUGCCUGCCCUGCGCAUGCAGGGAGAGUUCCUCAUGGAUUGCAAUGCCGACAGCCUGAGCUCAGUGCUGAAGAACAAGUUCGCCCACUCGAUUCAGCUGAUCGAUGACUUUGUGCUGCACAAGGACAAACUGAGCGCAGCGAAUCCGCAGUUCUUCAAGUGGCAGGAGCUGGAAGCGUUUGCCAGGCAGAAUCGCACAGCGGCCUAUGAGGCCAUGGCCAAGUAUGCCGAUCGGGAGUACCAACAGCUGCACGAGUAUCGCCACUCGCAGGACUAUCAGACGCUGAAGGACAUCAUUGAGCAGAAUCGUCUGGUGGCGCAUACGGUAUCGAAUCGCGAGAGCCAAGACAAGCGCAUCAUCUCCAAUCAAAUGAAGCGAUACGCCCUGCUGGACGAGAUGGAGCUGCAGCGCAUCGAACAGAAUCUAACGGAGCAUUUGUGCACCGCUGUGAGGAAUCACAUUGCCUACUGCAAGCUGGACAGUGGCUUCUCCAGCGCAGCCAUCUAUCGCAUCAUCUCGCUGUGGUUCACCAAUGCCCAGAACGUGCAGCUGCAGACGUGCAUCAAGGAGGAGAUCCUCACGGUGCCCAGCUACAAGUUCAUUUGUGCCACCAACCAACUGACGGGACGUCUCAAUUCCAAAAAUGCCAGUCUGCUGAAUAUCCUGUGUGAGCUGUUGGUACGCUGCGGCCGGGAUCAUCCACAUCACACCCUUUACAAGCUGUAUCCGCUGGUAUUUGCACGCCUGGACGGCGAUGGCAGCAACACGGAACGAGCGGCCAUUGCACGUAAAAUUAUAACCAAAAUCUGUGAGAAGAAUCCCAACGCAGACAAGUGCAGCAAGCAGCUGGAGGCAGUGCUGCCAGCUAUCGUUACGUUUGCGAACGAGGGAAAAUCGGAGAGCAGCAGUCAGCCGGUGAACAUUAACUUGCGGCUGACACAGUUCGAGAAGGUGAGGCGUCAUCGGAAUCUCGAUGCCGUGCAAUGUCCCACCCUGGAACUGCCCAUCCGGCCCGACAAGGAAUAUAACAUUACCAGCAUCUGCAAGUGGACGAAUGAAGUUGCCAAUUGCGGUGGCAUUAAUGCGCCCAUCAGGGUGAAGUGUGUCUGCUCCGAUGGCCAGACGCGUACACAGCUCAUCAAGGGCAAGGAUGAUCUGCGUCAGGAUGCCGUCAUGCAGCAGGUCUUUGGCAUUGUCAAUCAGCUGCUCAAACAGGACUCAGAGUUCAUCGAUCGCAAGCUUCAGCUGCGCACCUACACCAUCACGCCUCUGUCUAUGCGCAGCGGCAUCUUGGAGUGGUGCCCCAACUCCAUGCCAGUAGCCAUGUACCUGGUCGGACGGGACAGCAAGAGCGGCGCCCACAUAAAGUAUCAUCCAAAGGACUGGAAGAACAAUAAGUGCCGCGCCUUGUUAGGGAGCCAUGCGAAGGCGUCCAAGGAGAAGCGAUUAGAAGUCUUUCAGGAUAUAUGCGCACACGUUACGCCCGUGUUUCACUACUUUCUGCUGGAGAAGUUCCCCAUACCGGGCGUGUGGUUUGAGCGGCGUUUGGCCUACACAAACAGCGUGGCCACCACCUCAAUGGUGGGCUACGUUCUGGGACUGGGCGAUCGGCAUGUGCAGAAUAUACUGAUUGACCAGCAGACAGCCGAAGUGAUACACAUUGAUUUUGGCAUCGCGUUCGGUCAGGGCAAGAUAAGUGCUACACCAGAGACGGUACCCUUUCGGCUUACACGUGACUUUGUUGCCCCCAUGGGCAUCUGUGGCACGAAGGGCGUGUUCACCAAGUCCUGCGAGGCCACCAUACAUAUACUGAGGCGUUACAAGUCCGUCUUCACCACCAUACUCGAGGUUCUGCUCUAUGAUCCACUCUUUAUUUGGGGUGUACUCAAAAACAAGCAACCCAGCUCCCAGGAGUCCACCGAGGAAUCGAUUAAUCUGGUGGCCCAGCGUGCACUGCUUCAGGUGCAAAAUAAACUGGAGGGUCGGGAGGCCGGUACCCUCGGUGACUCGAAUGUGGAGGCUCAAGUGGAACGUCUGAUCAAUGAAGCCACUCUGGCGGACAAUCUAUGCCAGCUCUUUUGCGGCUGGGAUCCAUAUCUAUAAGGAAACGCACAUCACAGUGAAGGAUCACAAAAACCACAUCACAUUUACCAGU